UGAACACGUGUGCAGCGCUCUUCACUUGGAGAAGAAAAAAAAGUUUGACAUAAAUUUCUGAAAUUACCAAGCAAGUCAUCCAAUUUCUCCUCCCCUACCAACAAUCGUCUAAAGAGAAAGUACUGCAUACUGUCCGAGAAAAUUGACUUGCGACAAUGGACGGGAUAUCCCAGAACAUUCCGACUUCAGGAUUUAACCUGGACUUGGGACCCCUGAAAGAGCCCUUGGCAUUUAUUAGAGUCCUCGAAUGGAUCUUCUCCAUAUUUGCCUUCGCUACGGCGGCGGGUUAUGCCGGCGCUACGAGCAUCAAUGUGCAGUGCCAGGGUCUCAGCACCAGCCAAGAAAUCACUGCUGUCUUUAACUACCCGUUCAGGCUGAUGACCCAUCCAUACAUCGUCCAUCCAUACAUCGUCCCCUCCUGUAACAACGACUCUAGUACUAUCCAGCUCUAUCUGACCGGCGACCACUCCUCCUCAGCCGAGUCUCUACGUCUGUAUCGGGGUGUUUGCCUUCCUCUGAGCACCGCCAGCCUGGUGAUCUACCUGGGCUACCAGCACGUCUUUGGAUUCCUCAACCUGAUAUUGUGGGGUGGUAACUGCUGGUUCAUCUUUAAGGAGACGCCCUUUCACAAGUCCGCCAACCCCCUUGGUGACUCCGAGGAGGGUUUAGGUGUCAGGCCCAUGACUUCCUAACUGGGCAGCAGUUCCCUGCUGUCAACGGCUACGUUCCAGACUGCAUGCAAAGCAGUUGCACUGCACAAAUGAACCGAUCUUAGGGGCGAAUCUUAACUUUGACUCAUAUCGGCAAUUAGUCAUAUGCAUCGAUGCCAAUGGUAGACAAUGUGACUGUGUGGAAGUGAAGAUUUGCCCCUAAUGUGAUUUCUGACUUGUUAAAGACGUGUGUGUUUUGAGAUUUCAUGUGUGUGCUUUUUGCUGCCGCUCUGUACCCAGGCCUGAAAUUCCCUCCAACCAAGUAGUUCCUACAUUAUACUGUUUUCAAAUGCCUUGUAAAGUCGCACGUCUCAUUCGGUGCAAAACGCUGCUUAGAAAUGUCUUCUAGUAGGUUAUUAAGUUGUAAACAGUUUCUUUUCAUGCAGUGACAGCGCCACGUUUAUUAUUUCAAAGUGAUCCAUUUUUAGGAGGACAUUAAUUACAAAUCAUUUAUAGACUGCAAGAAAUCCAGAUGUAUUUGACUGAAACAUUACAAAACUUGCUUACACUUGAAUGUGAUCACAUAUCUCUGAUGCGUGGGACUACUUUGAAAAGAUGUUCCAAAUUAAAAGCACUUGGUGCUGAUUCGCUGGUGGUUUUUUUUUCUUUUCUUUUUUGUCUUAUGUCCAACAAUUUAGAACAAUUGUUCAGUAAGCGUUGCAGGCCAAAUAACAUCAAUCUGGCCCUCAGGUCACCAGUUGGGGAACCCUGCCAUAAGCAAUCCUACGGUACUUCCUGCCAUAAGCAAUCCUACGGUACUUCCUGCCAUCAGCAAUCCUACGGUACUCCCUGCCAUCAGCAAUCCUACGGUACUCCCUGCCAUCAGCAAUCCUACGGUACUUCCUGCCAUCAGCAAUCCUACGGUACUUCCUGCCAUCAGCAAUCCUACGGUACUCCUGCCAUCAGCAAUCCUACGGUACUUCCUGCCAUCAGCAAUCCUACGGUACUUCCUGCCAUCAGCAAUCCUACGGUACUUCCUGCCAUCAGCAAUCCUACGGUACUUCCUGCCAUCAGCAAUCCUACGGUACUUCCUGCCAUAAGCAAUCCUACGGUACUUCCUGCCAUCAGCAAUCCUACGGUACUUCCUGCCAUGUCUUUGAAAUGUGCUUUUUUUCCCCCUCUGUUGUGCAGCAUGGUUUGUCAUAUUGUUUUAACAAUGUAAGAAAAUAAAGCCAUCAAAACUC